UCCAGUGCUCCACGAUCAGUGAGCAAAAAUGUUAUAUCCAUUGUAAAAGGUAGGAAACCAUGAAAUCUAUAAAGCCGAUUUGGCAGAAGAAGCGGUUGUUGGUGCCAAGAUUUGGUUACUGACCCACAGUUUCCUGUUUUUAAAGAUAUUAAUUGAUUCGCAAAGAGCAUCUUUUGGAAAACAAGAACUCAGACAGACUGGCACAGGCUGGAGCUCCGCCAAGACUGCUCGGGAAGGUUGCCAUGCUGGGAGCGAGCGAGCGAGAGAGAGAGCGAGCGAGAGAGCCGAGGAAAGAAAAAAAGGCAAGACUUGGCACGGCUCAGUCAAAUCAGCUUCUUUUGUCUGCUUUCUCGGCUUGAGCUUCAGGAAAGAAAACCGUCCUGGGGUACAGAAAAACUCAGAACUUUUUUGGUUUUCAAACUUAGAUAGCUUUUUAAGUCUCUUGGGCUGUUUGAAAGUGGUGGUACAUUAAAUGACGUUCAGUUACCAGUGAUAAGAGAAAUAAAAGACUUCUUUAAUGAAGCCUUCACAAUGUCAGUUUAUACAUAUGGGAAAUACGAUAUUUGAUUUUUUUUGUAUGUCUGGUUAAACUGUAAGGGAGCCGAGUAACUUGGAGGAUUACAGAGGGAAUACCUAAAUAAAUGGGAGAAUUUUCAUUUUUGGCAACAACAAAAAAGUUUUCAUCGACACGAAUGUGCUUUAAAACCAAAUGUGACCUCCUUCGGAAUACGUUCAGAACGGGAACUUCAGCGUUUCUCUCAUAUAUGCUACAGAUACGAACUUUUAAUGGAACCUCCUUAAAGAUUUCAUCUGACCCAGCAACGAAGUAAGAGUAGAGAGAAAGUUGUGGCAUCUUAAUAUCAAAGUAAGUAUGUUCUUAAAGCAACAAUAUUUAUUUUUCCUGCUUCCUGCUGUCCUAACUCCAUCUCCCAGCUAUUAGUGACAACACUGGAGACCAGCAGGGCAAGCCGAAGACACCCAGGCUACGCCUGAAGGGCAAAAAAAAAAGAAACGAGAGUGUGGUUAUUUUCCUACUGCUCUAAAAGGUUCCUUCCAGUGCAUAUUACUAUAGAGCAUGUGAAAUUGCUGAAUUUUCUACUUUUGGAGAAAGUAAGAGAUGGAAAAAUAUUGACUUCUGCCAAGUGAGGAAUGUUUGAAGACGACAGAGCUGGAUUUGAACUGAUGACACUGGAUAUAGAAACUUCAGUUUGUAGUCACAGUACCUGUUUGCUGUAAAUUGUGAAAAAAAUCUGCUCUUUUCUCAUACGUGGAUUAAAAAAAAAAAAAUCUGUGACGACUGAAGCGUGGAUGUCUUAUCAUUUCAAUAAAAUUAAGGACCUAAAAAUCCAUUGUUUGUUUUCUCCAAGUGUGCCUGGAUUUUCAGUGAGACAGGUACCUUAUUUCUAAUUUCCUAGGAACAAAUACUAGCACACUGCCUAUUAGGCCUGGAUGUGGUCGGAUUAUACUACUUCUGCUGUGACAAUCAGCAUUAUUAUUUCAGAGAGUAACUGUAAAGCAUAAAUUUGUAUGGAUCGUCUUCACUUAUAAUAAACAUCAUGUCAAUGGAAACAGAAUGGUAGAACCUUUCCCAGAGGGAACACAGAUGGCUGUAUUUGGUAUGGGCUGUUUCUGGGGAGCUGAGAGGAAGUUUUGGAGGCAGAAGGGAGUCUACUCCACUCAAGUGGGUUACGCAGGAGGGCAUACUCCAAAUCCUACCUAUAAAGAGGUCUGUUCAGGUAAAACUGGCCACACAGAGGCUGUACGAGUAGUAUAUCAGCCAGAAAACAUCAGCUUUGAGAAACUGCUCAAGGUCUUCUGGGAGAAUCAUGACCCGACACAAGGAAUGCGACAGGGGAAUGACGUUGGCACACAGUAUCGCUCUGCCAUCUACACCUUUUCUGAGGAACAGAUGGAAGCUGCCUUGAGAUCUAAGGAAGAAUAUCAAAAGGUAUUGACGGAGGGUGGUUUUGGUACCAUCACAACAGAAAUCCGGGAGGCUCCGGAGUUUUAUUACGCUGAAGAUUACCAUCAGCAGUACCUCAGUAAGAACCCCGGCGGAUACUGCGGCCUCGGGGGAACGGGGCUUUCCUGCCCUAUCGGGAUCAAGAAAUAGCCUGUGCUUACUCCACUGUGGUUUAGGGAGUUGUUUGAAAACAACCCUGAUAGGUGUUACCGGACGCCCGUAGCAUCAGAUUUGGGAACCUCGGGGCAGCUUUCUGUAAUCUGGGGGUUUUCCCUUUCAUCGACAGUAAAAGCCAAAGUAGAGGCAGAAAUCACACUGUUGGCAAAUGCUUCUUGCUCUGUGCAGAUCAUAGGGAUUCGUUGCAAUCUUGUAAUCUGGAGAGAAAAUCAACUUAUAAAAGUUUGGCUUGAAAUGUUGUUAAAGGGAUGAAUUGCAGGGGGGUGGCACCUGCUAACCGCUUUGCGUAGCUAAUGCCUACAGACGUAGAUAUUUUCUUGGGUUAAGGAAUUUGUGUAUGUUAUCAGCACUUUGACUUCUGGAGACGUGGUUGGGCUCAUCUUAACUAUCACAACCCUGUAAUUUGAGGGUUGUCUUUGAGACUGGUAAAUGUAUAAGAUCAGUAAUUCUCCCACAAUUCCACUUUCACGGCAGCAUGUAGUAUCACCUAUAGUGCCUAUUUUCUGAUGGAAUUUUACUAAGAAAAAGUAAAAUUCUAUCAGGAUUCUUCUUCCUGACAGUUCCAAAUAGUGUUUAAGCACAAAAGUAAAUAAAUUUUGUUUCCUGCACUACAAUAAAUUGCAAGAAAAAAAAAUAAAUGUUGUC